UCCAAUUCUGGUUCUUGUUAAUUGUCGUCAAGUAGACCAGAAAACCAGAAACUCAUUAAAAUAUUUGUCUGAGCCAAAAUACACUAAAGAUAAGCGACGGAAAUGUCAGGAAAGGUGUUGUAACCAAUUUUUCCCGCGAAUCGCAAGACACCACGUAGAAUAUUUGCAUAAAGUAGAUCAAGUUGAUCGAAUUGUGACUGAAAAUCGCAUUAUUUCCCAACGUGGAGGCCGUGAAUACACAAGUGUGAAUUAGUGCUUUGAAGUAAUUCAAUACUGCAUAUUUUCAAGGGUUUUCGGCUGCCCAAAAUUGUGAAAUUCAAUGAAAUAAGAAUGGCUGAUGAAUGAAAAAGUGCCGCUUCUGCACUAUCACUUUUGCAUAUAUGAGCCAGACAAGGAACAGACAGCAAAUCGCGAAAAAUGGGACAGACUGCCACGUGAUGUGGAGCAUCAUCGCCAGGACGCGUUGAUAAGAUGUGCAAAGAGUUGAUUUUGAAGUGCAACUCAGCGAAAAAGUUGAAUCAUUUUAGACAAAAUGACGCGCCGCGCCCGUUCGCCAGGAGUCGCCGCGACGGUGUGAUUUGCUGCUUUGACAGGAAGUUCCAUGAAUAUCGUGGUGAUUGUGAAAAGUUUUCCACUGCCAGAGUGUGUUGGAGGUGUUUGAUUUCACAGUGAAGUUGGGAAUCGUGACGAGUGGCGUGCUUGGCGAAAGAAUUCAAUAAGGACUCCUCAUCCAAGUCUCUGGCUCCUGUCAAUUCGUGCACAUCCACACAAAGUGGGUGGGAAUCAGUGCAGUUCACGAUAGUUUUUUUUUCCCCGAGAAUAGCUGCGACUCCCACUGACAGCCUGCCAUGGCAGAUUGCGUGAAUUCCGUGUGACUUGACUUGGAAAAUCACAAGUGAAAAUAAUGUACGUGAGCUCGAGUCCGCCGGGGCGAAAGAAACGCAUCAUCAAGAGGACGACAUGGGGCUCCAGGGAUCGUGCUGGCAUGAGCUUUCUCAUUGUCGUCGCCUUCUUUGCCAUCUUCGGCAUCAUCAUACUCACAGAGGUAUUCAUGAUUGACGACAGGAGUCGAACAGGUGGCUCUCUCCUGCGCCACGUAAGCCUGUCCAAUCGAUUAGGGGAGUCCAUACCUGAUUAUGAGGACACAAAGCUUGACUACAACUUCGAGGAGGCGUCGCUCUUCAUGCGUGACAAGUUCGUGCGAGAUCACUCGGGUGGGUUCCGCCUCAACGAUCCCAUCCUCUUUGACUCGGCCAACAUCCAAGUGCCCAUCCCUGUGGCGCCUGACGGCGAGGCGCGCGGCCACAACGCCGCCGCCGGCAUCCACGCCAUUCCCUGGGGUCAGCUGCUGGAUCCCAAGAUCGAGAAGACGCUGCCGCCGUAUCCGCACGUCGGCAACGUCACCAGGACUCCUACGGAUGGAUCCUGGCAGGUGGUCAACGGCACGCGCUUCAAGUUCUUCGUCUUCUCUGCCUUCUACGACCGUCGCGAUGCGCGCAUGGUUCGCGUCGUGGGCGCCACGAAGACGCGCGGCCCGGAGAGGGUGUGGUGUCGCUUCUGGUAUCCCACGGCGAACGGGACGCACCACUAUUCGGCGACUGUGAUGGCGCGCGUGAAGGUGAUCCGGGAGAAUUGGAAUCUCAAGUACAGCGCCUGCUUCGUCAUCUGCCCUCUGCGCGCCGCCAAGCUCAACGUGCCCCACGCCGUGAGCAUCGUGGCGCGCCUGCGUCUUCCACCAGGCAAUGUCCUGCUGCUGCGGAACACGGAUCGCGACAUUGACGCCAAUCGCACGGCGACCAACGCAACGGAACUGGGCGUUUGCGUGAAGCCGCUGCACUUUAGCUACGACAAGGCUCUGUAUCUGCUGGAGUUCCUCGAGCUCAACUCCAUUCUGGGCGUGAGCCACUUCACCUUCUACAACCACACCAUCGGACCAAAGGCCGCCUGCAUCCUGAAGCACUACAUGAACGGCGACAUCCAUCGGCUGCACGUGCGGAACAACCAAACGGUCGAGCGGCAGGUGACUGUGUCUCUCCUGCCGUGGAACCUGAAGAUGCAGUCGCAGAAGGAGAUCCGCACCGAGGGUCUCUUCGCGGCGCUCAACGACUGUCUCUACCGCAGCAUGUACAGGCACACCCACGUGGCGCUCAUCGACCUGGACGAGUACAUCAUCCCGCGGCACAACUACACGCUGACAGAAUUGCUCGCUUGGCUCGCGAAGCGCAUCAACGCUCGCAACACUGGAGCUUACUCAUUCCAAAAUGCCUUCUUCUACCUUCAAUUCGCCGACGACGCCGUCGUCUAUGACACCGAGACGCCCAACGCUGACUUCCGCGCCAGCUUGCUCACGCAGCGCAAGACGCGGCGGAGAUCCAAGCUGCAUCCGCAGAAGCAGCGCUCCAAGUACAUCUGCCGCCCGGAGGUGGUGAUUGAGGCGGGCAAUCACUUCGUGUGGGAGUUCGUUCCGGGCCGCGGCACCCUCAACGUGCCCGCGGACUCCGCCAUUCUGCAGCACUAUCGCGUGUGCGAAUUCGGCGGCGACGACUGCAUCAAGACGCCCUCGAUUGCUGACCGCACGGCGCACAAGUACAGUGCCAAUCUUAUCGAUCGCGUCGCGUCGACUUACGCUCACCUCAAGGACACUUGCCACCUGUCCGACCUAGCGCCGCCACCCACUCGCCCACCGCCCACCAAGAAGCACACGCUCACGCUGAACAACGCGCCGCGAAACUCAACGAAGGGAAGCAAACCGCACUAAACGAACAUGAUCAGCGAGAGGACGAAUUUCGAGGGGUACCUAAUGACUUAUCAUUGAAUGAUAAUCAAAAUAUUGCUUAGAUUACUUGAUGCUUAAAGUAUUUUCAUUGGGAUUUUCAUGUUCUGCAGGGAGAUAGACGUUCGUGGUGUUUGGGUACCGCCUUUGAAUUCAAUCAAGGACAUUUGGCACAAUUUAGCAUGAAAUUAAGGGGGAGACAAUAUGGCUCAAUAAGUGGUGUACAGCUUAGCAGGAGUGUUUGCAAUUCUCCUUUCUUAAACACUGGAUUUGUUUAGAGUUCAAGAAAUCUACUUCCUGAAUUCUACUUCCAGAUUAAGCCAUAUUGUCUCCGCCUUGAGUGAAAUCCAGUGCCCUUUUCACGCAGAGAUAUUAAUAAAAUAACAUUGAAUUGUAUACCUUCGUAGGAAGAAUUCAAGUGGACAGAACAAUGAUGAUACCAAGGAUGAAAGUGUCAAAGGGAAUCGCCUAAAAUGUUAAGGGUUGAAAGUGACUGGCAAAAGGCGAGGGAGGAAGAGUGGAGAAGGAGCAAGAAAAUUGCUGUAUCAAAUACAAUUCCCACCCACAGAAAUGCCGUGCGAGAACGUUUUUGAGGGAAUUGAAUAAAUUGGUAAUAAAUUGGAGUGCCAAAGAAAAUUGAAUGAGUGAGAGAGAGAGUGAUCUUCUUCCCGUGCUCAUUUUCACAUCAGAAUUUGUGGGUUCAGAGUUUGAGUGGGAAAAUUCUGGUGAAAAUCACAUAAAUGGAUGAACACAGAAAAUCCCCAUUUUGCCUCCCAAACCCCCAAAAAAUAAAAACAACACAGAAAACUGAGUGAGCGGAGUGGAAAAACAAUGGCUUUUCUGGCUCAAAAAUGGCUUAAUAAAAUUGAAAAUCUCUCCUUGUUCAGUGGAAGAAGAAGCAGAAAAAAAGAGUUGAUUUAGUUUAGGAGAAAACAUAGCUGAUGAAAUGAAAAUAAGUAGAUUCGCCAUUCAUGUUGGUUGGAAUGCAAAACUUCCAAAAUAAUCACAUGGAGGAAAAUUAGCGUGAAAAUUGCUUGAAUAGACCGCUCUCGACUAUUCCAAAGGAGAGAUGAAAAUAACAAUUCUCCGAGUAAAAUCAUCUGUUCCCAUUGAAGAUGAAAUUAGACAUUUAACAAUUAUGAUAUUAUUUUGUGGAAUUCAACAGGAAUAAUUAUUAUUAUGCUUUAGAGUGACCAAAAGGAGCAUUAAACAUAGCGGCGCAUGUUUGUUUAUUUGACUUCCCCAAACCUAUUUUUUAAAUACGGAAACCAUAUCAGAAUAAAGAGCGAAUAAAGGAAAUGAUUUUCUUACUUUACCUUUACACACACACACACACACAGACAUUUUUCCUCUUCUGUAAAUUCACACAGUGAUUUAUAGAUCUUUAAUAAAUAAAGUGAUUUUAUUUUCAUUAAUAA